CCGCUAGACCCGAGCACAACCCCGACCGUCAGUGCGAACGGCACAAGCGCUACCCCCGGGCCCACCAGCACGGCCGUCUCCGAUCCGAACAAGUGUGUCACGGAGGCGGAAGCACCCAAGCUUGCCCAGAUCUUCCAAUUGCUCAUCCAGAACUACACCAACCAAUUCGCCCUUGACACGCUCACCGAGGACUUCAUCGAUUACAGUUCGUCCGUCAACUCCCUGAUGAACAAGGGUGCACAAUACCCGAAGGAUACUCUUAGCGCGACUUUCGACAGCCGCGCGAAGUUCAUGGCAGGUCAAGGCUCUCAGCCACUCAUUCCGUUCGAGAUCCUCAAUGUGUUCCACGGCUGCAGGCACGUUGCUGCCAGGUGGAAGACUACCCGCUCCGGUGCCGGCCAGAAGACCGAGGCUGCUAUGAUCCCUCUCGUCGGUAACGGUAUCCUCGACUUGAUACCCGCCGACGACAACAGCCUCGGAUGGCGCGUCAGGACUCUUUACUCAGAGUUCAACACGGCCGCAUGGCUUGUCAACCUUGGUGUGUUCAAGCCCGCCGGCAAGGUCGACUACAUCAACGUUGCGAACACAACCAACACGACCGUUAAGAGAUCGGAGGAGGACUAUGACUUCGAGUGGCGCGGCUCGAUGAUAUAA